GCAAUUAUGCUUUUAAUAGCAUAACUUCUGGCUCGCAUCCUCAAGAAUUUGCUAUGAGACCUGUUCCCAAUCUCGGUGACUCAAUGGGAGGACGUAUGCCACCCAAUGCAUCAUAUCCUAUGCAACACAUUUCUACAAAUUCACAACCACGGGGUGUUUCUCAUUGGAAAAACCCUCAAGUUGCAGCAUGUCAUGGUACUUACCAAUCAUAUUCUCCAGUUCAGCACGAACACUCACAACCAACUUCACUGCCAUUGCAGCAAACACAAACUCCACAGGAAAGUUCUCAAUCAUCUCACCCAGCUGUCUCUGAGCAGAAACAGUUGCCUCUUAUACCACCAUCAUCACAGGUUAUAGCCCAGCAGAAUUCAAAUGUGCCCAAGCUAGAGUUUCCACAGAGUGGAAGUGGCCAGGCAAUUGCUGCUACUUCAGUUGCGCCUGCAGGACCGCAGAGUCUUGAGACUUUGCAAGAGUGUGAUUAGAGUGAAUACACCUGCCCAUAGGGGAACAAGUACUGUUAUAAUUGCGUCACUUGUGAAAGCAGAUGGAAUAAGCCAGAGGAAUUCGCAGUAUUUGAGAAACUGUUGCAGAAGCAGCAAAAUCAGG